AAUUUAAUGAAUGAAUGACAUUGACAACAGCGACUUUCAAAUGACACAAUGUUUUUUUGCUAGUUCCAAAUAAAAUAAAUCAAUCUAAUAAAAACUUCAUAGUGUUUUCAGUUUAUACAGUUUGUAUUUGAUUAAAAAUGCCCUGUAGUUCAGUUUUCCGUAUUGUGUAAAGUGCUACUAAAAUGAGGACUCGUAGUAAUUCGGGGGUGCGUUUGGAUUAUUAUCAGCGGGUAGUACACAAGUUAAUUUUAGAUCAUCAGCAGCCUGUGACUGGUUUGUUUCCCGCAAGCCCGCAGAAUGAACAUGCUUGGAUUAGAGACAACUUGUACUGCAUAUUGGCCGUAUGGGGGCUAUCCAUGGCCUUUAAGAAGAUUGCCGACCAAGAUGAAGAUCGUGCCAAAACUUAUGAGUUGGAACAGAGCUGUGUCAAGUUAAUGAGAGGUCUGCUCAUGGCAAUGAUGCAGCAUAAAGAUAAAGUGGAGAAAUUCAAAAGCACACAACACCCCUUGGAUUCCCUCCAUGCCAAAUACUCAUCUACCACUGGACGCUCAGUGGUUAAGGACACAGAGUGGGGACAUCUCCAGAUUGACGCCAUUUCUCUGUACCUCCUCAUUCUUGCACAGAUGACAGCAUCUGGUCUGCAGAUAGUAUUCUCCUUAGAUGAAGUUUCAUUCAUUCAGAAUCUAGUUUUUUACAUUGAAUCUGCUUAUUGCACCCCUGAUUAUGGUAUUUGGGAAAGAGGUGACAAAACCAACCAUGGUCUGCCAGAGUUAAAUGCCAGCUCGAUUGGUAUGGCCAAAGCAGCAUUGGAAGCUAUGAAUGAAUUGGACCUGUUUGGUGCUCGAGGUGGUCCUUCUAGUGUAAUCCAUGUUUUGGCUGAUGAAGCUCAAAAAUGUCAAGCUGUACUACAAUCAAUGCUUCCAAGAGAAUCUAAUAGUAAAGAGUUAGACUCAGGGCUACUUUCAAUUAUAAGCUAUCCAGCUUUUGCAGUAGAUGACCCACAGUUAAUUGCUAUAACUAGGGACACUAUUGUUACUAAACUACAAGGAAAAUUUGGAUGCAAAAGGUUCCUUAGGGAUGGUCACAAAACACCCAGAGAAGAUCCCAACAGGCUUUACUAUGAACCUUGGGAACUUAGAAUGUUUGAAAAUAUUGAAUGUGAGUGGCCUCUAUUCUUCUGUUACCUGAUAUUGGAUUAUUGCUUCAAAGGUGAUAAAAACAAUGUCACAGAGUACACACAGAUGUUAGAAAAGAUAAUGCUGAGGAAAGAUGAUGGAAUCAAAUUAGUUCCUGAGUUGUAUUCAGUGCCAGCAGAUAAAGCAGACUUGGAACAACAGAAUCCAGGGAGCCAAGAACGCAUACCUCUUGGCAGGUGCCCAUUUAUAUGGGCUCAGUCAUUAUACAUUCUAGGGAAAUUAUUACAAGAGGGUUUUCUGGCUGUUGGUGAAUUGGAUCCCCUCAAUAGAAGAUUAUGUUCAGAGAAGAAGCCAGAUGUGGUUGUCCAGAUUGUGAUACUUGCUGAGAAUAAUGAAAUAAGAGACAAAUUGUUGGAGUAUGACCUGCAUGUACAAACUAUUAGCGAAGUGGCACCAAUAGAAGUUCAACCAGCCCGAGUUCUUAGCCAUUUGUACACAUAUUUAGGUAGAAACAAAAAGUUGGGUUUAUCUGGCAGAAAGUCACGUGAUGUGGGCAUUUUAAGUACAAGCAAGCUGUACUCUUUGAAUGACCGCAUAUUUGCCUUCACACCACAGUUUUCUGAUAUGACACGUUUCUACAUCGCCUCUGACUUCGAUCUAAUGGUUGAUACCCUCAAAGCAGAGAUUAAUUUCUUGAAGUCCUCUUGGCAAAACCUCCUUGGGCGACCACUUGUUGUCUUGACUUUGAGUCAAAUGCACUUAGACCAAGGUAAGAUCCCAAUGGCAAUGAUAACGACUAUGAAGAAGCUCAAAUCUGGAUAUAUCAAUGGAACUAGAGUCACUCUUGGGAACCUUGGAGAGUUUUUGAGCACAUCUGCCAUUACGAAUUUAAGUUUCCUUGGCAGUCAAGAAGAUGGUUAUCCUGAUAAACUGAAUCCAGAAGUACAAAGCUACCUAGAAGAGCACUUGCUGAAAUCUUUUAGCAACAAGAUCAGUUUCCUCCCGCGGCCAAUGGGAGCGCGUAACGCCCGCGCGCUGCGUCGGCGCAUGUCUGUGCGAGGCGCUAUCAAGAAGACGAGGUCUAUUAAUGUGGACUCUGAAACACUAGGUAUGGAGGGAGAAUCAGUGGGACGUUCUUUAGAACGCAAACCUUCUUGGCUUGAUGUAGACCCUGCUACUUAUGGUCGCAGCCCAUCGCCUGAGGAAGCAGCUAAAAAGAAAGCUUUUACUAAGGGGACAUCAACAACUUCUUUAACGGUUACCACACCCACUAUUGAAGUGACGAAAGAAAAAUCACCAUCGCCACCUGAGGCAAUAAUAAACAAGAACUUAUCAGGCAUAGUUCGCAAUCGCACCACAUCAGAUUCUCAGAAUUCAGUGUAUGCUGAACAAGAGACAGAUGAAUUGAUAGCCAUAUUACGCGAAACAGAGAGCUUGGACGAACAGGGAGAUAUCCUGCAGUAUCUUGUCGAUACACACGGACUUGAUUUUAGUACAGGUAUGCAAGAAAACGGCAAAAUGGUGACCGUAAAGGACCUUCUAAAAGUUCUAUACGAGAAGGCUUGUACACAAAAGCUUUGGGGUCUCGUUCGUCAUACUGCGGGAAUGCUCGGCAAAAGAGUUGAAGACCUUGCUAAAGCCGUCACAGACUUGCUUGUUCGACAGAAACAAAUCACUGUGGGUAUGCCCCCUAAUAAUGAGCAUACGAUCACCGCGCCGUUACCCGAAAAUGAACUUAGACAGCUUAUACAUGAGUCAUUUCGCCAUGAAAAUCAAGGGAAUGAACAGAAGAAGGCGUAUGGCGAUGAUGAGAGUACUGCUAUGUUGACGCAAGAACUGCUGGUCUACCUAGCCAUGUUCAUCCGCACUGAACCACAGCUGUUCCUCGAGAUGUUACGUCUGCGCGUCGGACUUAUUAUACAGGUAAUGGCUACGGAGCUUUCACGAACACUGUCAUGUGAUGGCGAGGAAGCCUCUGAACAUCUCUUGAACCUGUCUCCCUUCGAGAUGAAGAACCUACUUCAUCAUAUACUCAGCGGAAAGGAGUUUGCUAUCAAUAGCGCAAACUCACUGUUUGUAAUAAAGGGGAAAAUCAGUAAGAGUAAAGUGGGCCGCGGUAACUUUUCUAUAGUGAGUAACAAGUCUCAUAGAUAUGGCAAGAAGUCACAGAUCGUUUUAGAAGGACAAUCUCUUCAAGGCGGUAUUGAAGACCCACCUAUAACGGAACCAGAUCGUCAGGGACAAUGGUUGCGGCGACGACGUCUCGACGGAGCGCUCAACCGAGUGCCGCGAGACUUCUAUCCACGUGUGUGGGGAGUAUUGGAAAGGUGUCAAGGCCUAGUAAUCCAAGGCAAGAUCUUACAACCGAACCUCACCCAAGAGAUGACAUCCGGCGAGCUGAAGUUCGCCUUAGCAGUGGAGACGGUAUUGAACUCGAUACCUCAGCCGGAAUACCGUCAGUUGGUGGUCGAAGCUCUCAUGGUGUUGACCCUAGUCGUGGAGUAUAAGGCUGUAGCUCAUCUGGGCGGAACUAUUGAGGUGGAAAGUUUGGUGCACAGGGCCAACCAAAUAUUCUUGGAUGAUCAGACGCGGUGCAACGGCGACGCAACUCUCUGCUGCGCGAAGGAGAGCACGCGCGGCACGGCGCUGGUGUGCGGCGGCGCGGCGGGCGUGUGCCAGCACCUGUACGACAGCGCGCCGUCGGGCUCGUACGGCACCAUGACGUACCUCGCCCGCGCCGUCGCCGCGCUGCUCGCCGACACCAUGCCGCUCGACUCGCCCAUCGAGUGCACCAUCACAUAGCCUGUGUCCCCUGUACCAAUUUGUGUUCCCAAUAACCAAACUAUUAGUAGCCGAUUGAGAGCGACGUAGUGAUUUAGUACGCCCCUCCAUACAUGUAUUUGAAAUCGAGGAUCCAAAGUCUGCUAGUCUAGAUUCACUUUGCGCAGUUUGUAGCGUUGCAUCUCUCAGUUAGUGAUCCACUCAGGUCAGAAACAACGAAACCAACAAGAAAAUCGAUCUGAGUUUGCUCAGUCAAACUUCAGUUCGCCACAUUUGCGGCUCACUCAGUCGGCCCAAGGUACGGUAUUGGGAAGGCAAGACAAUGCCCCCAGGAAGCCUUUUUUGCCCUAUCUCUAAUUAUACCUUACUCUCAUACCUAAUUUAGGAUACUAAAUAGAUCAAUCUUCUAUCUACUGGUAUUAUUAAUGUCUUCCUAUAUUGCCAAGCCCCAGUAGCACAGUAGAUUUAUUCUUAGAAAAAAAAACAAGUUCAGUCAAUCACUCAUUGAACUAGAAAGAUUAUGAAAGACAAAAUAUUUAUGUGAUGUUGUACGUAUAUCAUCCAAAUAGAGAAACUGUGUCCUUGUUAUGACUUCUAUCCAUCAUUGUGACUGGUGACAAUUAUUUUAAAUAGAUUAUGGCAUUUUGCCAUUAUUUUUGUAGCAACAUUAUAUUGCAAUCUCAAAUAGGCUUCGUAAGUGAACUCAACCCUCUGCUUUAUAUAAGUUAAAACAGUGUUUAUGAUAAUUAUGAAAUAAUUAAUUAUGCACUUAUUGGUUCCUUUAUAAAACUGUUGACUCUAAAUCAAAAUAUUU